AUGGCAAAAUUCGUCACACAUCAAGUCCUGGGCACCACCCUUCAUACCACUGAUAGGUAUACGGAUUUACAAGCACGAGGUCUUGGUACCUCUGGGUUGAUCAACAUGACAGAUAUCUUCAUCUCACCAGCGGAAGAUCUUUAUAUUGUGAUGGACUGUUGCAUGACAGAUCUUCAUCAUUUGAUCCAAUCAGCAUCAAAGCCAUUGGAGGGCAAGUUCAUCCAGUUCUUCACCUACCAACUACUGCGAGGGUUGAAAUACAUUCACUCUGCCGGGGUGAUCCAUCGUGAUCUAAAACCAAGUAACAUUUUGGUCAACGAAAACUGCGACUUGAAGAUUUGUGACUUUGGUCUAGCUCGAGAACAAGGUCACCAGAUGACUGGUUAUGUUGCCACACGGUAUUAUCGAGCUCCAGAGAUCAUGUUGACUUGGCAGAGAUACAGCUAUGCGGUGGAUAUUUGGAGUACUGGGUGCAUUGUGGCAGAGAUGCUCUUAGGGAAAGCCUUAUUACCGGGCAAAGACAAUGUGCAUCAGUUCAGACUGAUUACUGAGAUCUUUGGAAAGCCACCAAAAGAGGUCAUGAAGACAAUUUAUAGUGACAUUACGAUGAAGUUUGUGAACUCUCUACCUCAAUCGAAACCUCGGUCACUUGGAGAUACCCUGGGGGAUGUUGACCCUGAAACCAUUCAUCUCUUGGAGAAAAUGCUUGUUAUAGAUCCACAAAAGAGAAUUACAGCGGCAGAUGCACUAAUCCAUCCAUACGUUUCGACCUACCAAGACUCUGACGACGAACCCGAGUGCGAGAAGCAAAUUGAUUGGUCUCUGUUGGAUUCAGAACUGACUAUAGAUGACUGGAAGUGCAAAAUGUAUUCGGAGAUUCUGAAUUAUCACCAUGGUUCUUGCAACUGGGAAGACAGUAACACGAAAGCCCAGGGCAAUUUUGAGAAUUGGCUGCACAAGGAGAUGAUGGUGGACACAUAUUAA